AUGUCAGCUAUCGAAUAUAGAGGCUUGCUCUUUGAGGUAAGCCAGAGAUUCGACGAACUGAAUAUGCUGAAAAAGUUGCUAUUCCUGUGCAAGAAAAAGCUAACUCCUGGGGGCAACAUCGAGAAUGCCUUGGCGCUGUUUGAGAGAUUGGAGGAACAGAAAUAUCUGGGAACUGAUCGCUUGAAGUUACUGAAAGAGCUUUUGGAAGAAGUUGGAGAGUGGUCCCUUUUAGAGAAAGUGAAAACGUUUGAGAACAAAAGGAAGGAGUAUAAAGCUUUGCUUAAAAAGGCUAGGUGUGCACUCGACGAACUCAAUGAUCUGGAACGGCUGAUCAAGAUUUGUGAAGGCAAAAUAUCAGAAGAAAGAGAAGGAAACAUCAAAGAUGUUCAGUCGUUGUUACAAGGACUAGAAGAUGAAGAGAUUCUGGGAAUAAGCUGCCUUGAUAUUUUGAAAGAUCUUCUGACAGCAACAGAGAGAGGCGAUUUGCUUCAGGAAGUGGAAAAGUUCGAAGAACGAAGAAAUCGGGAAGCUAAGUUUAAAAGACAGAAAGGUGAGCUAGAGGCUGCUUUCUUGUUUUUAUAGAUGAGCUAGCCACUACAAACGUCGACACCGUCAUGAUUAGUAUGAAUUUUAACAGUUUUUCCAGUUUGGCUAUACUUUUCAUCAUUCCUGUUAUGUUCUGUUUUGUUUUUGAACACGGAAUGCGAGUGUUAGCUGUGCUUGAUUUUUAUUACCGUACGUAAGCUUGCAAUCUAACUAAGUGUGUAAAUCUUCUAAGUUAGAGUGUCCAUUUCGUUUUUCGUCUCUGCUUACGUUAUAAUAACGUCAAAUACGGCGCUUGACAUGUUUACAAACCUUUGUUUGGAUCCUCUGUUGCUACAAUGUAUGUUCCGAAAUUUUACUCGCCAUUAACGAAAAGAAGCUAGAGACAAGUCCCGGAAAUGAUCGGACAUAUACAAACUGGCAGACGGUGUGACAGCUUAAGCUCUUUUGCUCUAUGUUUUGUAUUCUGAUACAGCACGCUGUUUCAACUAAUGACAGUGUGCGUUAUAUCCGAACUUUAUUAUAAGGUAAAAUAUUCUUCGAAGUAGACAACACUGACAAGUUAUCAAUAGAAUUGAAUUAUUGUUUGGAACAUCACUAGUGCUGUAGUCAGCCCUAGAGAGUUGUCCGUAGAAGCACAAACGUUUGGUUGUUAAAUUUCUAGGACUCUGUUGUUUAUAAACUGGACAGUCUCCAGGGUAAAGAAAUUUUGGCUCCAUUUGGGGUGACUGGGUGACGAUCUGACUGCAGUCACUAACAAAAUUCAAUGUGUUUAUGCAUAAUAAUUUUAAAGCUCAUCAAAAAAUCAAAUCAGCAGACCAGAAUUAAUGUAAUGUUGGCUGGAUAGAACUAUCAAGUCAGUGAAAAAAUUAUGAAAAUGUACUUCAGGAGUAAGAGAGCACUAUACUGCAUGUACAUGUGGUUUUGUGGAAGCCAUGAAAGAAAUUCUUGAAAUUAUGGUGGAUGCAUGAAUUUUUGGUCUUCAUUGGGGCAGGCUGUGUUGCUGGCAGUGUGUGCUUUGAAUGGUUGAGAGAUAGAAAACGUGUGGUGAAGUAAUAAGUGGCUUUGGAAGGAAAAUAAUUAAAGAAAUCCCAUGCUGAGGUUGGUAGGGAGGGGGGGGGGGAGAGUGGAUAGAUUUGAGUUUUUCCUGCAAAUCAAUAAGCGGGAAAUUUCUAUUGGCCAAGAAUACUGCUAUGUGUCAAUCUACUUUUCUGGUUUCUAAUCUCAAGGGAGAUGCACAGAACAUGAAAUAGAAAAUGUUGAAGGCAAAAACUAGGCAGUUGUGCCACCUACACAGAUCAUCAAACAUCCAGAAAAAUCUCUAGCUAUACAGAAAGUAUUCACAGGAUAGUCCACAAGCCCCCUCUUUGUAAAUCAGUAUAUUUACUGAAAGAUAAAAUAAUUUUUAAAGUAGCUGACCUUUGAUCAGAUUGAAUAUAAUACCAAUGGGUGAAUACAGGUUUCUUGGGCAAAAGUUUUAUUCAAAUUCUGACUUAUAAUUUCAGGACGAGCAGCUGCUUGUGUAACUUCUAUUGCAGACUGGAUUAAAGGUAUUUAUUCAAAAUUAGGUUUCCAUCACUAUAUAACAGCUUAUUUAUUUCCUAAUUACAUUCCACACUUUCUUAACAAUACUAAAGUUGCAUAAUUAACUUGAAAUACAUUAUUUUCUUAGUCAAGGGGCUAGCUUAAACAUAUGCUACUUGAGUGGGCAUUUUUUUCUAUAAGCUUAUUUCGUAAGUUAAUCAAAGACUGAAAUAUUACUUGUGCAGCUUUAAGUGUAACAUCUAAAAUAAUACUAGCAUGGGCCACAAACAAAAACAGUAUAAGCUGAACUUUUGAUCUAAGAAUUUAUUUUCAACUGGGUCAGUUUUACCCUUUUACUUCCAAGAUCUCAUUAGUAAUUUUCUUUUACUUUGGAGAAUUUUUUCUUGGAUGAACUAAUGAUUGCCUCAUUGGUAUUGUAUUUUGUAAGGAGAACUUCUGUCUUGGUCGCACACGGGAGUUAAAUGGUUAAGAGGAUCUAGGGAAGCCACUUGGCAUUGUGGAUAAUUUCAUUUAAGAAUGAUGCCUUUUAUAUUAUUUGAUGUUAAUUGAUAUUAUCAUAUGAUGGUCAAUCAUUAGUCAUAGAAAGCUGUUAACUACCAUUUGUUAUACUUAAUUUCAAUUAUUUCAUUGGCCAUAAACAGUAUGUGUACCCAAAGCUGGUCUUCAGCUUUCUGUUAUAAUAUCCAAAAUCAACAUGGCUUCCACAUAAAGUCUUACAUUUGCAUGCAUUGGUAAUACUGAGUGUGUGGAAAAGAUUAGAUUUAUCCAUAUGUUUGCAGUGAAACUAGAUAAGGAGUUAAUUUGACUUAGCCUUGCAGCAAUCCCUGCCACUAGUCAUGUAAAUUGAGACUUGAUGACUGACUCUUGUAUCUUACUGUUUCUUGAACAAUUAGUCUACAGAGCUGGUUGCUUUGAAAGUUUUAACCAGUGAAAGGAGUGGGGAAAUAGAAUUUUCACCUUCAGGCCCUGUUCUAGGGUUAUUUUUUUUUUUCCCACCCCUUUUUCCUUUACCCUUCACAAGAUUUCAAACUGAUUGGUCUCUCUUGGUCUUCAAAAUAUGAAGAGGGGGGGGGGUAGAUGAAUAGGUUCUUGAGCUAAUUGCAUUCACAGCAAUUUGUUUUGAUGGAGUCUGUCUUAUUGGCUGGGGAAGGGGGUCCCAGUAACAAAUUCAAUAGAGGGCUGGAGCUUUUUCUUAAUCCUUGUGGAAGGUAGACUAAUAAAACAUGCAAACUGAAACAAGCCCUAUAUGAUCAAACCCACACUCCCCACCUCAUGACUGGCUUCCAAAAAAUGCCUAACUGAAAAAAGAUCACUGAGAGUAUACAGUGUAAUAGCUUUCCCUUGGAAUGACACAGGUUCUGUCAGAAGCUGCUGCAUUUUGGCCCUUUCUGCAUAGCUUUAAAUUUUAAAGGAAGUCGGUUGUGGAAAGUUGAAUUGAUAAGAGAUUUCUUUAUUCAUUGGUCCAUUUGUUUUCAGCACCGUGUGUUGGGGGUGUGUCCUUUGUGGUAGAGAACUUAAAAAGAGGUGAGUCACUGAAGGCCGUGUGGCUGAGUGGUGGUGGUGCUAGACUCAUAUUCUGAUGAUCCCAGGCCCUCCAUCCUUCUAUGCCCUGGAUUUUUUUUUCAGUUGCUCAAGUUCAACUUUACAGUAUCUGUGUCCAGUUUGUUUGUAUUGGCCUUGAAUGGCCCUAUAGGGAUUAGUGGUCAAUUAUUAUCAGCAUAAACUGAUCCUCAAAAAUUACCACCAAGAGACUAUAAACUAACCUCUUGUCUGAGUAAACUUUUUGUGAAAUGCUGCAAAACUCAGCAGCACAUAGUGUCUGGACACACCCAUUCAUAUCCUGGUGCCAUUUGCUUACCAAGCAAACCAGAAUUGUCAUGGCCGCAUGCACGCAUUCUAUUCAGUGUGUGGGCGUGUUACGCGUGAAAUAAAUUAUAUGUAUCUGUCUAAUAACCAUCUCCUGAACUAUUUGCCAAUUGUUGUGCUUUUUUUCAACAGCUAUAACUUUAGUGUGUAAUUUUCGUACCGUUGCUGGUGGUCUUCUAACGGUUAACAGUGGCAUGGCUCUGCAAAAGUGCUCUACUCGCCAGGACUACCAGGAGACCUUUGAAAAAGUUGUAUUACCUUCAUCCAACAAGCUGAUUGAGAUCAGUAAUGGUUCUAUACGCUUCACGGUAGAAUCUGAGAAUUUGAUUGCUUUGAAGGAGUUAUGGGAGAUCUACAAAGAUGGAACAUUGCAGAGUCGUCUUCAAGAAUUCCUAGUCACUGAUGAAAUUAAGCAACUUGCGAAUGGAGAAGACAUUGAAGUGACAGUGUUCAUUGAUGAACACGAGUAUAACGAAGCCUUUUUCAAUUUGUUUUUACUUCAUCAAGGUAUGCUUGUAAUGAUAAAAGGUAGUCAUAUGCCAUGUAGAUAGUGGCUUGUAUUAGGAAAGUUUCCUCGUACAUGUCUAAAUUUAAAUGUAAUUUACAAGUGCGUUCUAAUUGACUAGGUUAAUUCGGGCAGUUCUGGUGCUACAUCAGGCAAACUGAGUAAUAAGUAAGAACCAAUCCGGAUACACUCUUCCUUAUUGAAACCGUUAUAUCCAUGGUCAAAUUUCUGAAUUAGUUGUCGCUGGCCCAAAGAAGCACCUGAAUUAUUGAUCAGCUGAUUAGUGACCGUCAACAACAUAUGCAAAUGAAAUCUGAAAUUUCGGAACAGGGCGUGUUUCUUUUUUAAAUGAUCUGUGUGAUCGGUCAUCGCCAAAUUAUUGCCGGCAUUUGAAAUGUCGCAAUAACGUUACAGUUGACGUCUUUGAGUUCUCGAGCAGUCUGGUGGCGUCUUUCCCUCAUUUUUUUUGUAGUGCUUAUUUUCCAGCUUUCCUCCAUCCCUUCCUUCCCUUCCCUCCCCUCCCUCCCCUCCCUCCCCUCCCUCCCCUUCCUCCCUUCCCUCCCCUCCCUCUAUUUUCCUGACACGUACAAGCCAGAGUUUACAGAAGCCUGGAUUAAGGCCUCAUGGCUGGGUUGCUCAAGAACAUUAAUCGUAAUUUUAUACAUGGUUUAAAAUUUAGACAGCAUUUUACCAUCAACGAAUCUUUCUUGUAAAGGAUCAAUCAACUUCAAAUGAAAAUACAUUCUAAUUGUUCUUGUUGGUUAAUUCUUCCUUUAGCGCCAAAUGUUUAACAGGAGGAACGGCCUGGACGAAGAACUCGAAGGAAUUCUGACUCUUUUCUUUGCGUCAAAUCCAAUGAGAAUGAGAUAGGCUCGAUGAAGCCAAUGGAGGAAACAGAAGACAAAUGGGGGGAAGAGAAAAAAAUGCUUGAAUUAAGGAUCGUAGAGCUUGAGGAAACUUUGAAGGCGGAAAGGACGAGAGAUCUGGAUCGUAAGCAUUUAAGUACCUCAUUACACUUAAUUUAUUUUUGCAAAAUGUAUAGGGGAUCACUGGUAAAAUAGUGGGUAGCGUAAAUUUCUUGCAAACAUACAACUGUCGUAUUGCAUUAGAAAUACUUUUCAUGUCCUUUCCACGAAUUGGGUCAAUUGAUUCUUCCUGGGACAGAAAACCAGGUGAAACAUAGCGGAAGCAUCUAUUUAACCAAAUUCAAAUAAAUGUUAACUUAAUCUGGGCCAUAGGUGAGUGAUACCGUUGUUACCGUAAGCAAGCGUGAUGUAGAACCAGCCUUAAGCAAACUGAAACAUUGUUUGCUGUGGUUAACUUGUAAGUGCUGUCGCUCUUUCUUAGGUCCAUGACUAGCAAUUGAUUUCAGCCUACUGUCAUGGUGUUCAGUUGAUCUUAGAAAAUAAGGAAGUCAUCAUACAUCACAGAACUUUCGUUUCAUAAAGUUUUAUAAAAAUAAUUACGAGAAAAAAAACGUCAAAUGUCAUGCACAGUAGGAAUAGAUUCUGGAACUUGAACCAUUAUUAGAAAAGUAAAAUUAUGUUUUAUACCUGUUUUACCUCAGUCAGCUUACUUACACUGCUUGUUUUGCGAAACGCCUUAUGCUAAUUCAUUCGGGUAACAAGAACAACAGCAAUAAAAAUCGCCAGCUUCAUCGUUUUUAGCGAAGGAGGGAACAACGUGAGAAUUUUUGAACGCCUUUUGUUUUGAACAGUUUAUUUUGAACAAUCCGUUGUUAUUCGAAUGAACUGAAAGAAAUUUUUAUAGUUAUAUGUCAAAAUUCAUUUAACGUAACUGAGCACACACGAACCUUUAGUUACCUUUAGUUACUAACGUUACAGUUGACGUCUUUGAGUUCUCGAGCAGUCUGGUGGCGUCUUUCCCUCAUUUUUUUUGUAGUGCUUAUUUUCCAGCUUUCCUCCCUUCCCUCCCCUCCCUCCCCUCCCUCCCCUUCCUCCCCUUCCUCCCUUCCCUCCCCUCCCUCUAUUUUCCUGACACGUACAUAGCCAGAGUUUACAGAAGCCUGGAUUAAGGCCUCAUGGCUGGGUUGCUCAAGAACAUUAAUCGUAAUUUUAUACAUGGUUUAAAAUUUAGACAGCAUUUUACCAUCAACGAAUCUUUCUUGUAAAGGAUCAAUCAACUUCAAAUGAAAAUACAUUCUAAUUGUUCUUGUUGGUUAAUUCUUCCUUUAGCGCCAAAUGUUGAACAGGAGGAACGGCCUGGACGAAGAACUCGAAGGAAUUCUGACUCUUUUCUUUGCGUCAAACCCAAUGAGAAUGAGAUAGGCUUGAUGAAGCCAAUGGAGGAAACAGAAGGCAAAUGGGGGGAAGAGAAAAAAAUGCUUGAAUUAAGGAUCGUAGAGCUUGAGGAAACUUUGAAGGCGGAAAGGACGAGAGAUCUGGAUCGUAAGCAUUUAAGUACCUCAUUACACUUAAUUUAUUUUUGCAAAAUGUAUAGGGGAUCACUGGUAAAAUAGUAGGUAGCGUAAGAAGAGCCAUCGUUGUAAGUGUACACGUUUCGUACUCCCCUUUUCCUCCCAUUUGUACAGAGUCUAAAAGGACAAAGGAGACCUAGGCACUAGCAUAAUCUCCUCCGGAUAACGUCUGUCUCACCUACGCAUUACUAGUAGGCCAAUCUUCCUCACUACCCAAAAAUAGAAAAUACUCUUUAACCUCGAGGCGUUCCACUCGACUCAACGUUUUGAUUAUUUCAUGGAUUUCCUUGAACGGACGAAAUGAUAGUAUAGUAAAGAUCUGUUCAUUGAAUCAGAUGUAAAACUAAAAUCCCAUUAAGCUGUGCACCUGUGAAAUUUAGAGACGUAAGAACCAAUUGGAUUCACUCAUUUUCUGUUUGAAACAAUUUUAUCCAUAAUCAUAUUUCUGAGUUAGUUUGCUGGCCCAAAGAAGCUCCGGAAUUAUUGAUCAGCUGAUUAGUGACCGUCGACAACACAUAAAAAAACAAAUCUGAAAUUUCGAAUUUUUUCUUAUGACCUGUGUGAUCGUAAUGAUCCAGGCCAGGUCGCUGUAAUUGACCGACAA